GCUGUAUCUUAUGAAAAUUCAAAAAUCUUGGACAACAAUAAUUCUAGAUUAAUUUAACAGUAAUAGGACCACCCACUAGUAAGUAAAUUAUUUCACAAUGAUAACUCGCCGUUACCGUGCGAACACAGCAAGGUUACCUGUGGGUACCUGGUAACAGGAAUCCAUCCUGGGGUCAGAAAAAGGAUUAACACAAGGCAAGAACGAGGAAAAGAUGGCGAACUGCUGUAGUGAAUCAGCGGUAGACGAUGCACGCCCCAAACUCUCACGACCAGCCUCCUCUGUUUCUUAGAAUUUCACCAGGAGACGAGCCAAUCGGACAGUGAGAUUUAGCUCCAUUCAAGCAGCAUGUCUUGCGGCCGUGACGCGUAGUACAAGUAACGCACGACAAGGAAGAGGCUCAGUAUUAAAUUAAUAUUAGAAGAAGUGUUCACCAGGAUGUGGUCCAUCUUUACGCGUUGCCUAGAAGCACAUUAUAACCUUGCGUAUUAAGCAUAACACUUAAACAUCGCAUACCGUUUCCUGGAAGCGAUUGAUCUACUCAUCGCUGCUCCGGUUCGUCGACAGUGUCUGACAAUAUUGGCAGAUUUUUCCUUCUUGCUUCUUGAUGUAUAAGACCCUCUUCGCUUCCCAAGAAACUUUGAAUGGUGGAUGACGAAUGCCGAGGAUUACCAGGAAGCAAGGAAGUGACUCGUACUCGCCGAAGGAAGUGGAGGACAGUGUUUCGGUGGAGGAGGAACAGGAUGACCGGGAUAAUAAUCACGUACACUGUAAAUUCCAAAGUCUUGCCAGUCUGGUGGACGAUGGUUGCUGCGUUGGGACCUCGAAGGGAAGUUGGCCAGUUUCUGAUAAAGAUAAAGUAAUAAAAAGCGACAUAACGAGAAGUUAUCCUUCCGAUUUUCGUGGUGAUCAGUGCACUCUUCGUCGUAAAGACCUGUCUGGACAUGAAGAAGAUAGUAACGGAAAUGGAGAUUGUGCAAAUUGUACAUCCCCGGUGUCGAGUGUGGAAACUGGCGAUGUCGAGGAGCAAAUUGAUAAUGAACGGAUUAUGGUUCCAUCAGAUCCUUCAGAAUGGACUGCGAAUCACGUAGCCUCGUGGGUGACAUUCUGCUGUCGUGCCUUCUCUAUAAAACCGGUGCCAUCCUCUUCCUCGCUGCCCUCUAGCGGUAAGGAACUCCUGAACUUGCCGGCUGACACUUGGCAACGAAUAACUGGUGGUCGCGUCUUGGCUCGUCACCUUGGAUAUCUUCGUCUUCAGGCGACUGGUAUUUACAGUCCUGAACUCUUGCGAGAAGAGAACAUUGAUGCUGAUGAGGAGGAUGAGAUGAAAGAGAGGCUGGGCCUUCUGCAACGGACGUGCUCGCUCAUUGGCUCAACGGGAAGCAGCAGUUCAGGGGCGGUCGGAGGAGGUCAAGUACAGCUCUGGCAAUUCCUACUGGAGCUACUCUCGGAUUCGUCGAACGCUUCGUGCAUCGCCUGGGAGGGCUCCAACGGCGAGUUCAAACUCACCGACCCGGAUGAGGUAGCUCGUAGAUGGGGCGAACGCAAGAGCAAGCCUAAUAUGAACUAUGAUAAACUCUCACGAGCACUCAGGUACUACUACGACAAGAACAUCAUGACGAAGGUGCACGGAAAGCGUUAUGCUUACAAGUUUGAUUUUCAUGGACUCAUGAUAGCAUGUCAGGCCCAGGCUGGUGUCACUUUGGAUCCAAUGGGUUCACCACGUGGAACAGGUCCAUGUCAUCCGCAUCAUUCUCAUCAUCUUUAUGGAAGCGGAGGCUCUGGUGCUCCUGCACAAGAAGGAACGUUACCAUCGGUACCACCUCCGUCAGUACCUCCACCCCCACCACCACCGCCGCCUCCACCCCCUCCACCGCAUUACUGCUGGCCGUAUCAUAGAUGCUCACCACCCACCUAACGAAUAUUCCGCGCCACGGGGAUUUCAGCAGAAAACUUCACAACGACGAGAUUUUACCUGGUACACCAGGAAAUAGACCCUCGAUUACCUCCGUCGGCAUUUCAUUAUUAACAGUCUAUGCUCAACCGAAUCCUAGUCUAGUUAAAUCCAUGCCGGCGUGUCGCAACAUAGAACAUAGAACGAUGAUCGUUUGUAUGAAUUUAGAUGUCGUCCGAGAAGAGAAUAUUUUCAUUUUUGUAUUAUAUAAUUGACAAUUACGAUGGGAAAUACUUGAUGCUGAGGUAAUUAUGAUUUUUAGUUUAUCUUUAAAUGUUUAAAAAAUGAUCCCGUUCUUAAAGAAUAUUAUGAGACAGAAUUAUGUGCAUAUACAAGAACAGUUAAAUAUAUUGAGCGGACCUGUA